UCAACAGCGGACUGCUAUAUACUUGGAAACUAAUUCAGUCUACAUGGGAAAUAGAGCGCAGGGAACACGAGCUUUGGCUUCGCAUGGUGCAGGAUGGAUUGAAGCUUCAUUUGGGAUAUUUGGUUGAUCACUGAGAAUCUUAAAACAAAUCAAGUGCUUCCGAACGAAAAGGAACCCAUCUCCUGGAGAGGAAUGUGGAGGAGGAAACUGGGGAUUGGAUUGUUAGUCUCGCUUUCAUUCUUCAUCGUGCUGGUGGUCUUUGAUGACGUGUUUAGAAACGCCGUGGGUGUUGGCAGAAUCUCAUACAAUGUCCCUGUCUACCUCGAAGAGAAGGACAUCGCCGCUGUCAACUGUCAGUACCUCUUCAAUGGAAAUAUAACCGAAAUACAGAGAGCCAAAUACAAAAUGGCUCGCGAUUACGACUACCGGGCUAACAUGGACGACGCUUACCUCAGAACAGGAACGAAUGACUGUUCUAAGUUUAAACAGGAUCGUUUAUACAUAAUGGAUGUGUCUAAGGAAGAGGAGGAUUUCCCCAUUGCUUUCAGUAUUGUUCUUUAUAAAGACGCUCAGCAAGCUGAGAGGUUAUUACGAGCUGUGUAUAGGCCAAACAACCAUUACUGUAUACACGUGGACGCUAAGGCGCCGCCGUCGGUGCACGCCGGCAUGAGGAAACUCACGGAGUGUUUCGACAACGUCAAUAUGGCGUCCAAGACGUUGGACGUUGUGUGGGGAGAGUUUUCGGUACUUGAGGCAGAGCUUGUGUGUAUUAAUGACCUGCUACGCUACAAGAAAUGGAAAUAUUUUAUCAACUUAACUGGUCAGGAGUACCCCUUAAAGACGAAUCUGCAGUUGGUGAGGAUACUGAAGGCGUAUAACGGCGCCAACGAUAUUGAUGCGACCGUAUCAAGGUACUUUGAGAACCUCAGAAGGUGGUGGCCCGCCGGCAGUCCACCCCACGGAAUCCGACCAGUGCAGGGAGCGGUCCACAUCAUCGCCAACAGGGACUUCGUGGACUAUGCCAUAAACAAUCAGGUUGCCAAGGAUUUGCUCAACUGGGUUAAACAGACCAAAAUUCCGGAUGAAACCUUCUUCUCCACACUCAACCACAACCCUCAGCUCCAGAUACCGGGAACCUACAUAGGUGUCCCAGAAACUCACCCCAAGAUCAAACCCUUUUUGGCCCGCUACAAGAUCUGGGACAAUGGAGUCCACUUCUUCAUGGACGACUGUCAAGGCAAAUACGUCCACCACAUUUGCAUCUUCGGCGUCGGCGAUUUGUCCCGCUUCCAAAAACGCCAAGAGUUAUUCGCCAACAAGUUCCACAUUGACUUUGAGCCCAUCGUUUAUGAGUGCAUGGAGGAGAGAUACUUCACCGCCGUCAAAGAAGAACAACGAGGGGUCGUAGACUUUGACAUCACAUUCUAUAGAUCUGUGGGGUUCGUCCUUCACCAAGUGAAACCCCGGUUGGAUGCAUUGUGAUAUUAGCCAAAUUGUAGACUUAAAUUUAUUAAUUUAUUUGUUGAUCUCAUCGGAAAGGUUCCCUGCAUGUGCUCUACUUUAUACUGAUUAUGCGACAUCUCUGUAUAUCUGUGGGUAAACCUUUUGCUGCAAUGUGUAUCUUCAUUUGUGAAUGUGUUUCAAGCCUUAGGGUAAACAUUUGUUGGUUCGAGAGCUGUGAAACCACAUGAGUGUACCUCCAUUGUGCAUUUACAGUAUGUUCAUUGUUAAAUUUACUUCAAGGGCAAUUUGUAUUCGUGCAAGAUCUCUAGGAGUGAAACCAUAUGAUAUACGUAAUGCGUUAACACUAUUUAUUGUUAAAUGUGUUUCAAGAGCAAUAUGUAUUGGUGCAAGAUCUCUAGCAGUGAAACCAUAUGAUAUACGUAAUGCGUUAACACUAUUUAUUGUUAAAUGUGUUUCAAGAGCAAUAUGUAUUGGUGCAAGAUCUCUAGCACUGAAACGAUUUGAUGUACGUAAGGCAUUAACACUAUCCACCCAUAGCAAUAGGUAUAAUUGGUUUAAGAUGUCCUGAAACGAUAUGAAUGUAUGCUGUGCGUUGACUCUAUAUUCCUUGUUAAAUGUGUUUCGGGGGCAUUAUGUAUUGGUUCAAGAUGGCCUGCAUUGAAAACAUACGGAAAAGUCAAAUCGAGAACUCGAAAGAAACAUUUGAGACUAGCCAUGAAUAUAUAUUUGUUAAACACUGAACGUGUUUAUCAAGCCUUGCUCGCGAGGAUCGUCCCAUGCGUAUGGGAAUGUUUAAUAUAUUUGAUUUAUUAAUUUCUGUAUUCUAGUAUAACGUAACACUUUCUGCAAUCAUUUGCACACGUGCCCCGUAUUCAUUAACAAGAAUAUAUCCUGACUUCAGAGAAAUAUUCGCAGUCGUGUUUUUAUCACGCAUAAACUAGCCCAUAACAUGGUAUGCAAUCCAUCAGCAAGAUAUAUACUCAUCGCCAAAAGAAGCACGAAUACCAUACAUGUUGGUUGAUAUAUGAAUAAUUACACAUAUUCAAGAAAUAUAAACGAACAUACUGAGAUGUUGUGCACACGACGCUCAUGAACGCAUCACAUGUGACGUCAUAUAUCCAUGACUCGAGGUACAAUUUGUCUCGUAAAGUUUGGAAAUCACGUGCAUCAUAUUGUAAUAAAAAUAACGACACUGUGUGAUAACACUUGACUUGUAUGUAUAUAAUUAAAUAUGAUAUAUUUGAUAAUAUUUCCAUAGAAAAAUAUGCACGUGGCCUUAGGAUUCUCAUGACUUUGUAUGUUCACGUUUAAUGUCUUCCCAUGCGAUUGUGUUUGGCAUCUCUUGCUUGCAAGUUCUAUUGCAUCCCGAUGUCACACCCAGACGCCAUUUUAUGCCACCUUAUUGGGUGAGCCUGCACUGCACAAUCACAGGUCGUCUUCACAUGCUGUGGUAUACAGUUUGCCUUUUCGCAAGAUAUUUAAAGGCCUUAACUGAUUUUGUGUUGUGUUGCUCUUCAGGAAACAUACACCAUUGUACUUGUGAUGUUAUACAUUAUAUUUACUUAUACCUAAAUACUCUUGAUAUGAUGUGUAACAAGGGUUCCUCAAAAUCGGUUAGUUGUAUACCAAUUCAUCAUUGACAUUGACAAUAAUUUUAGAAAUACUGACGGGGUUAACAUUAACGUGUUGACUCUUUUGUGAAGGAAUCCGAUAUUAGAAUACAAUAGAAAUCAUUACUCCUACAAGGUCUCGUGCCAAGUUAACGACUGCACACCCAACGUGGAGUACAUCGAUUUGGCAACACGUUUACCGACAUUCAAAUUCGGAACGAGAAAACCUCACGUAGCAAUGAUCGCAAAUGUCCAUUUUUAGUACAGACUAUAUGUAAUAAAUCUUUGAAAGGCAUUUAGAAGUGAUACACAUAAGGAAGAUCUACGGAUGUCAACUUCUUUUAUUAUGAGGAAUACAACGUUUCGCUUACCAUUAUCGAGUAUACGCUUACCAUUUCAUCACCUAAUGACGGAGUAAGCAUAUACUCAGAAACGUUAUAAAAUAUAUGUAAUAUGUAAUAUAUGUUAUAUGUAAUAAGAUACUAUUAUAAUCAUAGGGUGUCAUUCAUGCCAAAUGGCAUCACGUACUGUUAUUCUACUCGUACAAAUUUCUGUUGUCGGCAAUUCUCCUAUUCCUGUUGAAAUAGCAAUCUAAAAAAUAUCCUUAGUUUCAUGGAAAAAAUAUACAGAGCAAGGUGAAACGAGAUAUAUAUGUUUGAAAGCUCAGAUAGGAUUUUGUUUUGUAAAACAUAUGAUAGAUGGUAAACUUUACACAAACACUGUUAAUCCACUUUAGGGUGUGUGUUGAAUUUGGAGUCCGUAUUUCAGUAAAUCAUAUUUGCGUGAAAAUACCUAAAAAUAAUUACGCUUUAUUCAGAUGAAAUAGAUAGAUCCCUUUGUCAAAAUAUAGGAUUAUUAUUUCAAAACCAUAGCGUUCACUAAAUAGGAUGGGAUUUCCAAAAAGUUGUUUUGAAUUAUUCGCAUUUGUGAAAUGUGUGGUGGGUGUACCCCAGACACAAGUAAGAAAUAAAGCAAUAUUACGCUUUAACUUUUAAAUAUAAUUGAUUUUUGUUUGCAGGUGAUCAUUAUAUCCAUUUACAACAAUGCACGGCCUUGCCUUAAUGCAUAUUGCAAAGCCUUGUUAUGCUAGAAUACUACCAUAUUGCCCGUUAAAUGUUAUCUCCCAUAAACUGGUGUUGCUUGAAAUGACACCAUUGGAUAACGUCACAAGUGUUGAUGACGUCACAAAAUAUAUGAUAUCUUCGUGUGAAUCUUUUCCCUUAUCUACCACACCCGAACUGUACCCCACCUCUGGAUCUGGUGUAACGCUGGAAUGAUGGAGGUAUCCCCCCCCCAAGCGAAGUACGUUUAGGGUGAGUUCUUGAUUAGUGUAUGUGUGUUCAACCAAUUCUUGUGUCAAUCUAAUUCCACUUCGUGUCUUUUAUACUUUGUCCAAAGAUAUGUGAACAUAUUUUCAGGUAUUCACAGAUACUAUUUUAACGUGUGUGUGUGUGUGUUACAUAACAUUAAGACUUUAAAGUAACUUUCACUAUGUCUAUCUGGGAAUACUUUUGUUCCUUGAAAGGUUAUUUUAAACAUUGAUCUACACUUUUUUUAAUAAAAAAUACUCAAAAAAUGGCAUUUACUCAUAUUAUUUGUGUUUUCCUAAAGUAAUUACUUUAGCAAUCGUUCAAUGUAUAUAUUGAAAAUAUGUUGUUAAAUUAUCGAUUACUUGCUUUUUUAAUACUUUUUUCAAUGGUAUAUUGAUACAAGCAUUCUUGCCAAGGACGUUCAACGUACAGGUGACAUUUUGAUAUUUAUGUUUCACUAUGUAAAAAAACAACAAUUAGCUUCUUCUAUUGAGAUUAUAUUUUGUUUGAAUUUAUGAUUUUAAGCAAAAAACCUUGUUAAAAAUAUUAAUAUGUGAUUAGAAUUUUGAAAUAUUAGUAAUCGUUGGUUUUGUAUAUAUUGCUUAAUGUGAAAACAUUUUGGGAUAUCCACGUUUACUGAUUACGACGUUUAGAUAUUUCACUUUGUUGUUUCACAUGUCUUCUCAAUUUUUUACUUCUAUAUAAAUAAAUGUUCAUUCAUCA